CGGCAAUUUAUUAUCCAUGGGCGAGUUUUCUUCUUAACCUGAAUUAACGGCUGUUCCUUUCCAUUUUCAUUAUUGGUGCAGCAGUGGUCCCAGUGGCAUCCGUCAACGUGAAUCAUCACCCUAAUUUACGUCACGAUGUCGGGAGGUGUGGACGUUCUAGCCCUUAAAGAGGAAGAUGUUACCAAAAUGUUGGCGGCAAGUGCCCAUUUGGGCACUACCAACGUAGACUACCAGAUGGAACAAUACGUUUACAAACGACGAUCUGACGGUGUUCACAUUUUGAAUCUACGGAAACUUUGGGAAAAGCUCCUCUUGGCGGCUAGGGCUAUCGUGGCUAUCGAGCAUCCUGCUGAAGUCUUCGUCAUUUCCAACAGGCCUUACGGUCAACGAGCAGUACUUAAAUUCGCCGCUCACACUGGAGCAACACCCAUUGCCGGAAGAUUUACCCCGGGUGCCUUUACCAAUCAGAUCCAAGCUGCUUUCCGCGAGCCCCGUCUGUUGAUCGUCACUGAUCCCGCGUUUGAUCAUCAACCCGUUACCGAAGCAUCUUACGUAAAUAUCCCCGUAAUUGCUUUGUGUAAUACGGACAGUCAUUUACGGUUCGUUGAUAUCGCCAUCCCUUGCAACAACAAGGCUCCGAACAGCAUUGGAUUGAUCUGGUGGUUAUUGGCUCGUGAGGUUUUGCGCCUUAGGGGUCUUAUCCCGAGAGAAACCAAAUGGGAUGUGGUAGUUGAUUUAUUCUUCUACCGCGACCCUGAAGAGGCCGAAAAAGAAGAACAAGCUGCCAAGGAAGUUGCUGUUGCUAAGGCGGUGGUCGAGGUUCCUCAUGAAGCACCAGACCUAGAUUGGAGUGCUCCAGCCGAACAAGAUUGGGGAGAACCCGCUGCAGUUGUACCGGGUGCAACACCCGCGGUGAGUGUGCCAGUAGAGGCAGCUCCUUUCUCGGUGCCACCAGCUACCGAGGAUUGGGCUACUGAGGUGGCUCAAGAACAGUGGAGCGCUGGACAGCCACAAGUUGUUCCUGCUGCGCCCACCCCCAACUGGGGGGCAUCGUCCGGCUGGGAUUAAAACAGUGUUCAGUACCAUAUGUCGCAUUUGGACUGUCGAAAUAAACUUCGCAUUUGCUUAUCUUAUCAUAUAAGAAGUAAGUGCGGUGUUUUUUUUCGUUUCAAAGAAUAAAAUAAUCAAUAUGAAA